AUGAAGAUGAUGCUGAGUCUGGGUUGGCUCUUCAUUGCCAUAGUCCAUACAGCUGAACCCCUCAUCUCUGAUAACUUCAGUAACUGUCGGGACUAUUUCUAUAAAGAACAACUACCUCAAGGCUUUGAUGGGAACAGAGGAAUUAACUCUCUGGCUUAUAUCUGUCAGCAAUAUGGGAACACAAUUUACUUUGCUUCCCUGUAUGACAGAGACUGGCGCAUUCCCCUCUAUUCUGCCUACAUCUUGGACAGGAGAAAUGAAUGUUUAGGCGAAAGGAAACACAAUUUUGAUAUAGAACCUCAGCUGAUUGAGUUGAACCACAACAUGCAAAGUGAGUCUGAAAUAACUUCAGAAAUCCCUAAAAGUCAAGCUGUUAAUGCCGAUUAUGAAAAGACUGGCUAUCACAGAGGGCAUUUGAAUCCCGUGUGCCAUCAUGAAACCCAAGAAGGGCAAGAUGCAACAUUCACACUGACCAAUGUGGUGCCAAUGAAUUCCAAGUUAAACAUUGGCAAGUGGAGAGUUUAUGAGGCAAACAUUUUAAAGAAAGCUGAAGAAUGCACCACUAUGUAUGUGGUUACUGGCAUCGUACCAGGCAAUAACUGGCUUUACAUUAACCGUGUGAAUAUUCCCAGCUAUGUGUGGAAUGCUUAUUGCUGUGUAGGUAAAGAUAGCAUGCCAAUCAAAUCAGGGGCAGGGAUUGUAGAAAAUUAUGAUAACAAACCUGUUAAUGAGAUGAAAAUUAAUGAGCUUCAAGAAGAGUUAAAAAAACUUUUGAUGAACAAAGGAAUUUCGAUAUUUCAGAAUAAUUGCGAGUUGCAGCACAAAAGAAGGCGGGUUUCACGCAAUGCCAGUAGCAUGUCAGGUCACCUGCAACCCUCCCCGCAGGCCCCCUAA